UUAUCAUUAAAACACGAACCUCCUGGCCCUGGGUGAUACCGAUACAGCCCUUUCAUUGAAUUUUGUAAUCCACUGUCUUUACAGUUCUUUUUCAAUUUCCGGCUAGAGAUAAGUGUUUAAUACAUUGUUUAAAAAAUGUUGCACAUUGAAUGUAAAGAUUCCAAUUUGGAACCCGUACCCAUUAAGAUUGGUAUUAUUGGCGGUUCAGGUUUGGAUGAUCCCGAUAUUUUGGAACAACGCAAGGAAACCGUAGUUGAUACACCCUACGGCAGUCCCUCCGAUGCUUUAAUUGAAGGAGAAAUCAAUGGUGUAAAAUGUGUUUUAUUGGCUCGCCAUGGCCGUAAACAUAAUAUUAUGCCUACUAAUGUGAACUAUAGGGCUAAUAUUUGGGCUUUGCGUCAAGUGGGUUGUACUCAUCUCAUCGUUUCUACAGCUUGUGGUUCAUUGCGUGAAGAAAUCAAACCGGGCAACUUGGUGUUACCUAACGAUUUCAUAGAUCGUACUACAAAGAGAGCCCAGACAUUUUAUGAUGGUGCCGACAGCAGUCCCCAAGGUGUAUGCCAUUUACCUAUGUAUCCGGCAUUCAGUGAAAGGUGUAGACAAAUUCUAUUGGCCAGCGCCAAAGAGUUAAAUAUUGCAGUUCACGAUAAGGCUUGUAUUGUCACCAUUGAAGGUCCACGUUUUUCUUCACGUUCCGAAAGUAAUAUGUUUAGACAAUGGGGUGGUGAUUUAAUCAAUAUGACCACAUGUCCUGAAGUAGUUUUAGCCAAAGAAGCUGGUUUACUUUAUGGCUCAGUGGCUAUUGCCACCGAUUAUGACUGCUGGCGUAUGGGAUGUGAAGGCGUAAAUGUUCAGGAUGUUUUAAAAACAUUUUCCGAAAAUGUAGCUAAAGUUAAACAGAUUUUAGUAAAAGCUGUAACAAAUAUUGCCAAAGAAGAUUGGACUGAAGCCGUAUUAGAUGCCAAGCAAUGUGUUUGCAACAAUACUAUGUCUGCUAAAAUGUGACGCUUUUUAAAGCUUUGCCAAGAAGUUACCGAAGAAUCUUUACAGCACAAAAAGCCAAUAAAACGCACUAAUAUUAUGGGCUUUAUACCCCCAUAUGGUGAUUUACAACCUAAAAUUCACUCCAUUUCCAUAUCAUAUGAAUUAACAACUAAAAACAACGAUACACCAGUAAGAAACACAACUAAACAAAAAUUCAAAUUAAACGUUUGAACGUUUAAUGCAAUAGAAUCCAUAAAAAGGCAUUUAAAUAUGUACUAUUUUAAGUUCAAUUAUAAAUAUAAACUAAAUGUACUCUCAUAAAGUAAAUAAUAAAAAAAUAGUAAUUAAAUUA